AAACCACGUGACUGUUAUAGGAGCGCGUGUGCAAGGCAGAAGUGCUUGUAGAUUUGCAAUGUCUCUUUAUAGGAACAUAAUCUGGUUUUUAAAAGGAAUUCAUGAAUAUACAAGGUAAUUGGGCUAAACAUCCAAAAUAAGAGGAAUGGCUUUGAGGCCGCUUCCGCCCAUUUUGUGGACAGUGACCUGGACGUCUCCGUAGCGGGGAGGUCCUUCAUGAUCACCGGAGCCAACGGCGGAAUCGGAAAAGCGGCGGCUAUCGCCAUCGCCAAGAGAGGUGGUACGGUCCACAUGGUGUGCAGGAACUGGGAGAGAGCGGAGGAGGCCAAGGACGAUAUCUGCAGGGAGACUGGGAACAAAGACGUUUACAUCCAUCUCCUGGACAUGUCUGAGACUCGGAAGGUUUGGGAAUUUGCCGAGUCAUUCAAGAAGAGGUACAGGUCGCUGAACGUGCUGAUUAAUAAUGCCGGCUGUAUGGUCAGCCAGAGAGAAGUGACCAAUGAGGGUUUCGAGAAGAACUUUGCUACCAAUACUCUGGGCGUCUACAUUCUGACCGAGAGCCUACUUCCUGUACUGGAGAGGAGCAGCAACCCCAGGGUGAUCACGGUGUCCUCCGGGGACAUGUUGGUACAGAAGCUGAGGACCAUGGACCUGCAGUCAGAGAAGGGUGACUUCGAUGCGGGUAUGGUGUACACCCAGAAUAAGAGGCAGCAGGUGGUGAUGACGGAGCGGUGGGCCAAAGCGCACGGCGGCGUCCAUUUUUCCUCCGUGCACCCGGGCUGGGUCGAUUCGCCAGCAGUUGCCGUGGCGAUGCCGGAGUUCCACCGCAUCAUGCGGGGGAAGCUGCGGACGGCGGAGCAGGGGGCCGACACGGCCGUGCGGCUGGCGUUGUCCAGAGCCGCCGCCGCCACGCCCAGCGGGCUGUUCUUUCAAGAUCGGCGGGCGGUUCCGACCCAUUUUCCCCUGGCCUGGACCCGCAGCUCCCCGGAGGAGGAGCAGAACUUCAUGACUCAGCUGGACAAGCUGGCCACGUCCUUCCGGACCCCCGCGGUGACCCGGUUCAGCCUGGUCAAACCGCUCUCCGACCAGUUCAUCGUCAAACCCACCUUCUGAAAGCUUAAGGCCCGGUUUAGACCACAGCCUGACCCAGUAUCCGCACUGCACAGACCCUUACUGUCGCGUGUGUGUUUUGCCCUGCCCCACCACUGAAAUGAUGCUAACUACUCUGCUUCAACUGGCUAAAUGCUAAUGCUACACACUGGGAUGGGAGAAACUGCCACUGCAAUCUACAGGCACUAUGUUUUCUAGACUAAAAUCGUAUUUAAAAAAUGUAUUUAUAAACAUGUAUCCA